AUAAACUAAAUAGUAAAUAUGUUUUCGUGUAUUUAAAUAUGGCGAAUUUUAAACUUGGAGGCCUGUCUUUGCGGAUUUGGAUAAAUGAAUUGGACGAUGCAGUUGUAAUAUUUGCAGAUCCUUGGUUCAAUCAGUUCAGUGACAUGGUCAAAUAUCCUGACAUUGUUAAAAUUGUAUCCUCCCUAAUUUGUGAAAAUAAUGAAUUAGAAUUCAACAAUCGUGAUUUCAAAAAAAGAAAUGAAAAAAAGGCAGAAAAAAGUAUUAUAAUAACCCAAGACUUAAAAAGAGACGUAGAUUUGAUCCGUGAGGAAACCAUCGAAGAUGAAUUCAUCAAGAAACUCCAAAAAAGUGCGGAUACCUUAAAAGAGGCUGAGUUCAAAGAGAGUACUGAGGAAGAUCUUGAGAUAAAAUUUGAUGAAGAAGAAGAAGAAGAUAUAAAGAUUAAGGUAGAAGAAGAUAUGUCUACGCUUGAUGAUCUUCAGGCAGAUAUUAGUUUUCAGACAGAAGAGAAAGAUCCACCGAUUGAAAAGAUAUCAACUGGUGAGUUUUCUUGUAAGAUCUGUAACAAAGUGUUAAGCUCCAACAGUAAUGCCUUGAAACAUAUUAAAAUUCACGGACUGUUCAUUGAACCUGUCUCAGCCAGAACCUGCUCUAAUUGUGACAAAGUAUUUAAAUAUGCAACUCUUUGCAAACUACACAUGAAGAGAACUUGUAAUUAUAAAAACCAUAAAUGUGAUAUAUGUGAACUAGAUUUUACAACUCUAAAACUGCUAAAAGAACACACAGUGAGAUCACACAAUUUGGUUUGUUCUUCUGAAGAAAUCCCCAGUUUAAAAUGUAAUGAAUGUGAAACAGAUUUUAUAAGCAAAAAGGAUUUGGUUCAGCAUGUGGAAAGUGUUCACAGUGGAACCAAAUAUUCAUGUGAUAUUUGCAAUGCCUCCUUGUCAAACGAAAGAAAUUUAAAACGACACAUUAAAUAUGUACACGAAGUACUGGUGAGAAAUUAUGCUUGUGAUAUUUGUGGGAAAGCAUUUAAAGACAAUCGAGCUCUUAGAAAUCAUUUUAAAAUUCAUAACACUGAAAAUAUCCUACUUCCAUGUAUUGAUUGUGGAAAAAUGUUUUCCAACAAAAAUGGACUGAAAGCACACAUUAGAAGUUUACACGAGCGGGAUAAUAAACAUGUUUGUGAAGAAUGCGGGAAAGGCUUCAUAAAUCUUUGUAGCCUAAGGACGCACGGAGAGAUGGUGCACAUGAAGGGGAGCGUGCACGUUUGCCAGGAGUGCGGAGUUGAGGUGCUCGGUAAGAAUAGAUUAAGAAAUCAUAUUCAAAGAAAUCAUCUCCUGGAUCAAAAGUUUUUAGCCUGCAAAUAUUGUCAGAAGGAGUUUCCCAAGAAGAAGCUGAGAGCACAUGUAGUAAAGGAGCACAAAAUUUAAGAUUUCAAGUUCUCGUGCACAUUUUGUGCAAAGGAAAAUCAUUAUUUUUAACUUC